GACGGCGGCAGGUGCUCCUCGCCGACCGCGACAACGCGCCUGCGGGCUCCUUCCGCAAAGUUUGCGGGCGGGAGGAGGAGGGGAGCCGCGGCGGGACUGCAGCAGCCGGGCUGGAAAUGCUCCUGAGGAGCCUCCUGCCAACGGCGGGGCUGCGGUAGCGGCGCUGAAGCCCGCGGUGGCCGCCCGCCUGCCGGGGCGCUUCUUGCUCCGGGAAGGAAGGGACCGAGCCGGCCGCUCUGCGGCUGUGCCGCCUCCGCGCCCCUGCGGCGCUCGCUUCUUCCCAGGGUCCGGCGCCGGCUUUGGGAUUUUGCCCUUUCCUGCCAGCGGGGCUGCGGAGUGCGGUCCUGCGGGCCCCGCUCCCGCCCGCUCCCCCCCCCCCCCCCGCGCCGUCCGGGGAGGUCGGUGCCCGCUGCGGCACCCGCAGCCCUCGCCGCCGGAGCCCGCCGCAGCCCCGCACGGCUGCAUGCCCGCCGCGGUCUCGGCACGUCUGGAUUCGCUGGAGUCCUGGGCCUUCCAUGCGCUGCUGGUGCUGCCCUAUAUGUUUUACGUGGGCUUGUUCUUUGUCAACGUGCUGAUCCUGUACUAUGCCUUCCUGAUGGAGUACAUCGUUCUCAAUGUAGGCAUCGUCUUCCUGCCCGAGGAUAUGGACCAGGCUCUGGUGGAUCUGGGGGUGCUCUCCGACCCUGGCUCCGUGCUCUACGAGACGGACAGCGAGCUGGACGUCUUUGAUGGGUACUUGGAGUGACGCCCGGGGCCGCUCCGAAGGGACUGCGGGGUGACGCCGCCCGGCCCGAGUGUCCCGGCAUGGCCGUCGCUCUGGGACCGUCUCGGCUCCUGCUGCGCAGCGUCUUUGCCACAUGCCCCCCCCCGCCCCCGGGUGCAGGGACGAAGGGGGGUGCCCGGGACCCGCUGCCGCUGGGCAGGGCCGCGGACACGCAGAGGGCUCACAAGGGAAAUUGAUUAAAUGCCUGAAAUGGAUUAUGACCAGGUUAAUGGAUCAAGUCAUGGAAAGAAACUAUACUCUGAAAUGUAGAGAUGAAAAGAAGGACAAGGGGACAACAAGAAGAGUUGUCAUCAGACCUUGUCAGUUGUGACUUUUCUCCAUGGUCAUUGCCUCUUGAGUGUCCACUAACUGCAGUGAUUCAUGCACCAUACUGGGCUUCCAUAGGUAAUUCUGGGAUGGACUGUAUGAACAAAUAAUAUAAGCUAUGGUCUAUUAUAACAGAAAAUCAAGAUGUUACUCAGAUUUGAUAAACCUUUGAAUAAAUACCAUGUCACCCGAAUGGACACACUACAUACUGCUUAAGCAAGUUUUACAAUCACACACUGAAAACUCUACCAGCCAGUAGUUCAAAGACAGUGCUCUCUCAGGGGAAAAUACGCAGGAGUGACUGCAAGAAGGUUCUGUUCAGGGCAGUAAGUAUUAUGGCAAGAAUUGUGCUAGAAAGAUAUUUUAUUUAAAUCGUGAGUUUUGAAAUAGAUCAGAGAGUGAAUUUUAUAUAAGUCAGGUGGAUUCAUUAUCUAAUGCAGAAUACUUUGCAGAUUGUUUAAGCUCAUGUUCCUAUGUACAGAUGUGAAAGCGAUACAAUAAAAACUGACCUUUUCCAUGAAAAAGUUAAGCAGUCCUGUGUUGGAGUUCUUUUUCAAUUUGAACAGAAAAUAAUUCAAAUAUGCUUUCCAGGAAAUUCCAGUUUUUCUACCAGUACCUGCAAGUAGUUCCAGAUUGUUGAGAUGGCCAGCAUGUAGGAAAUCCUUCUCAUGAGCAACUACUUAAAAAAUCAGAUCUGAAUUGAAACACCAGGAACUGUGCACUGUGGCAGGGGGAAAACCUACAUGUUAUUGAGGGCAGGUAUUGUACCAGUUUUGUCUUACUAUAUUUUUUAGAAAAGUCUAAUUUUCAUAACUGUGCAGUUAUGAAACCAAGUUGAUGCAUCAAGAACAUUUC